GGUCUUUACAGUGGAGAUAUGGAAGAUUUAAGUAAAUUGAGUGGAUGGUGACUGCUCUACUACUGCAGAAGGCACUCUGCUGAACUGAUACAGUCCUUUACAAGCAGCGAUUCUCACCUCAUCUAAGCCAGCAACCGACACAGCUCGAACCUCAAACAGAAUCACCUCUCCUCUCUCUCUUGCUCUCCAUUUUGUCUCUUGUUCUCGUUUUUAAAUUUUUUUUUGUAUGUGAUGGAUAUCUGAGGAUUAAUCAACAUGCCGGUGAUGAAAGGGCUUCUGGCCCCUCAGAACACCUUUCUUGACACCAUUGCCAAGUUUUUUGAUGGCACACACAGUAAUUUCCUGCUGGGAAAUGCUCAGGGGAGUCGGGGGUACCCGAUUGUGUACUGUUCAGAUGGUUUCUGUGAGCUCACUGGGUUUGCACGCACCGAGAUAAUGAAGAAGACAUGCACAUGUCACUUCCUGCAUGGCCAGGAAACAAGUGAGCGAGUCACUCAGCAGGUGGAGAAAACCUUGGAAGGACAGAGAGAGUUCCAGGCAGAGGUCCGCUAUUACAUGAAAAACGGUACCCCAUUUUGGUGUCUACUGGAUAUUGUGCCUAUUAAAAAUGAGAAAGGAGAAGUGGUUUUAUUUCUCUUAUCCUUCAAAAAUAUCACUGAAUCAUAUGGAAAAUCACAUUCCAGAUCCACAACAGAAGAGGAUGGCACCGAAAAGUCUGGUCGAACCCAUUUGAGUCAAGCUCGUGAGCGUGGCCGUAGCGUUCUGUACCACCUGACCUGUCAGUUCACCAACAGGAGCAAAAGGAAGCUGCCAAAUACCUUUUUUCAGCUACCAACUCUCCCGGAAUACAAAGUGGCAUCGGUGCAGAAGUCGCGCUUCAUCUUGCUUCAUUACAGCGUGUGCAAAGCAAUGUGGGAUUGGUUGAUCCUCCUUGCAACAUUCUACGUGGCUGUCACUGUCCCCUACAACGUCUGUUUCUCCGCACCUGACGACAGUAAACAUGAUACCCCAGACUGCGACUUCACCUCCAGAACCACCAUAGUCAGUGACAUAGCUGUGGAGAUGCUCUUCAUACUUGAUAUCAUUCUGAAUUUCCGAACCACCUAUGUUGGGCCUGCAGGUCAGGUGGUUUAUGAUUCUCGGUCGAUUUGUCUGCACUACUGUACAACCUGGUUCAUCCUGGACCUCAUCGCUGCCUUACCAUUUGACCUGCUCUACUUAUUCAACAUCUCAGUGACUUCCCUCGUCCACUUGCUGAAGACAGUGCGUUUGCUGCGUCUCCUGCGCUUGCUACAGAAGCUGGAUGGUUAUUCUCAGUACAGUGCUGUGGUUCUUACCUUAUUAAUGUCUGUAUUUGCCCUGUUGGCACACUGGUUGGCCUGCGUUUGGUAUGUCAUUGGACGCAAAGAGCUUGCCAGCAAUGACCCCCUCACCUGGGACAUCGGUUGGCUGCAAGAGCUGGGAAAGCGUCUGGAGACUCCUUACAUGAAUGGUACAGCUGGCGGCCCAUCGUUGCGCAGUGCCUACAUUGCUUCGCUCUACUUCACAUUGAGCAGUCUGACUAGUGUUGGAUUCGGAAACGUGUGUGCCAACACAGACGCUGAGAAGAUCUUCUCCAUCUGCACAAUGCUUAUCGGGGCCCUGAUGCAUGCGGUGGUGUUUGGAAAUGUAACAGCUAUCAUCCAGCGUAUGUACUCUCGCCGAUCACUAUACCACACACGUAUGAAGGAUCUGAAGGACUUCAUCCGUGUGCAUCGCCUGCCUCAGCAGCUAAAACAGCGCAUGCUGGAGUACUUUCAGACCACCUGGUCUGUCAACAAUGGCAUCAAUGCCAACGAGCUUUUACAUGACUUCCCAGACGAGCUGCGGGCGGACAUCGCCAUGCAUCUGAACAAAGACAUUCUGCAGCUGCCACUUUUCUCCUCGGCCAGUAGGGGGUGUCUGCGUUCGCUCUCCCUGCACAUUAAGACAUCGUUCUGUGCGCCGGGCGAGUACCUCAUUCGCCAUGGAGAUGCCCUGCAUUCUCAACACUUUGUCUGCUCUGGGUCUCUAGAAGUGCUAAAGGAUGGCAUGGUGCUUGCCAUACUGGGUAAAGGAGACCUAAUUGGUGCAGACCUGCCUGGGAGGGAUCAGGUAAUCAAGGCUAAUGCAGAUGUGAAGGCUCUGACCUACUGUGACCUGCAGUACAUCAGUGUAAGAGCUCUGCAGGAGGUUCUGCAACUCUACCCAGAAUAUGGCAGCCGCUUCAAUGAGGAUAUACAUCACAACCUCACCUACAACCUCAGAGAGGGCCAAGCCAAAUUCUCUCGUUCAACCCGGCUUCCAAAGGAACGUUUCUACGACUCUAAGCUCCCCUUCAUUGUGGAAGCAGAUGAAGAUGAGGAAUUACAGGAACAAGGCAGGAAGCCCCUGCUCUCGGGGUUUCCAUCUCAGACUAAUCUGAGUUCCAUGUUGGGGGAGGAGUUUCGACACCUUAGCAUGCUCCGUCUCUGCAGAUCCCCCAUUCAAAGCUCACGGGUACAAAGCCCCUCUCCUCAGAUGCCACCUAAUGAGGACAUCUCACCUGGUGCAGUGCCCGGCCCAAGAAUAGACAAGAGCUCCUGCCCCAGGCCAGCCAAACUGCUCAUCCCCACCCUCAACUGUGUCAGCCCACUUGAUCUUAGUCCCAGGGUUGUUGACGGCAUUGAAGAUAACGAACAUGCGUUUCACUUCAAUGUUGAGCAUAGAGACCCCUACAACCCUAACACAGAGGUCAAAGACCCAUUUCAAGUUGGCGCAAACCUUUUUCUUGAGACAGAGGAAGUCAGACAGAGUCUCCAUCAACUCAGUGCAGAGAUGAACCACCUGAACCAGGAAGUGUCCUCACUUACCAAGGAGCUACAUGAAAUGAUGCAAUUCCUACAUACCCAUAUGACGCCACCUCACUUCACUUCCUCUUUUGCUCCCUUCAGCUCUUUCAACUGUCACACAUCAUCCAACUGCACCAACAUGGCCUCCUCUACUACUGACUGGCCCUCUCGGCUGGCCUUCAACAUGUCUGCUAGUCCCUGCUUACAACCAGAGCAGUCCCGAAGAGAUUCUUUAGGAUACAGACACCCAUGCAUUUGCAUUGGAAGUCAUGCUCAGGAAAGAGGCUCUGUCUUGGGCCAAGAAGGGGACAUAGAGCUCCUCCAUCAAGCCUCUAGCCCUCACUCAGCCUACACCCAUGUUCCAUGCUGCCCUGACCAGUCAAGGGUUGCUACUUUGGGUGUCGAGUGCCAGCCAACCCCAUAUCAGACUGCUAAGACUACACCCAAUUCACCUUAUCUAGGACACCAGGUUCCCCAUUCUGGGGGGUCUCUACUGGGCAUGGCGUCAGCCUUCCCUUCCAGUGGAUUUCUUCCUCAGCUUAGGAGUGGGGGUUUCCCUGUCCCUAGCAACACAUUGUCUCUGUGCACCUACAGCAUACAAAGUCAGUCCCAUUCGAGCUUACAAAUGACCUCUGAUCUGACAACAUGCCAGCAUUCCAGGGCACCUAUGCCUAUUAAUUUGUCCAUAACACCAACCGGCCCAUCAGAUACUCUGACAGCUGUCAGUUCGCAUAUGCAUGCUGGUAUUUGUUGUUCUAGCUUACAAUUCCCCUCUGGCCCCAGACAGAAUGACUUGGUGGGGUCAAGUCCUGUGCACAUCUUAUCAUCCACUGGAGAAAAGGACAGACAGGGGAAGCAUGAACCUUCUGGGGAGUGACACAAGGAAUAAGUGAGCCAUCUCUGAGCAGGAGCCAAGCUCAGAGACAGUGCUGAUAUGGGCAAAGACAUACUAAGAAGAGUACGCAUAAUCUCACAUUCUCUUUCUUUGUUGCAUGCAUAAUGCCCUCAUUUAAGCCAAAUGCAAUGCAUUGUGUUAGCUAUGUACUGUAUAUGGGUUAUGUUAGAUAACACUGCACGAUAUGUGCACCAUCAUGCUUAUGGUUUACAAACUGCCACUUCUAAAUUACAAUAGGAAUUAAAAGUCUGUAUGAAUCAUACCCUUAAUAUUAUUUAGGUUAAAUCUGUUCCCACUGGUUAGUUUUAUUUUAAAUGGGCAGUUCCACUGUGCAGGUUUUGAGACAUUGUCCCUCAGGACUGAGUCACAGAUUAAUGUGCCAGAAUUUUCUGGCUAUAUAUUCAUGCUGCAUCUAUUUCAGAGCUUAAUUUAUUAACUCUUAAAUUUUCAAAACAUAAAACUUGCCCAGUUUUGUAAUAUAACCACAGAGGAUUAAUUUCUAAAGAGACAUUUUCAAGUGUGUUAUCAAGUGAAUUAUUUGAAUUACCUCUUGUGUACCUCUUACUACACAUAACAUUGAACAGCAUGUGCAAAGCAAUAUACAUUUAUUUUUUGUUGUUGAUCAUCUCAAAUUAUGGGGAAAAUCUUUUUAUUUUUUAAGCUUUUCUUCAUUUAUAUAUAUAUUUCUCUACAUAAAUCCUUUCUAAGGCCUUU